AUGGAAAUUAUUCAGAGACUGCAAUACUUACCAACAACAUCAUCAGUGGUACCUGUAUCAUCAUCACAGAAAGUAUCUCUAGGAGUGACUAAUGCAGAAUCAGAUACAGUAACAGAAAAUGCAGCAGAAGUACCUAAAGAAGCAAUACUAACAGAAGUAGAAUCAACAGCAGCGUCAGAAGAACCACGUUCAGUAACAGCAGAAGUAGCUCCUCCAGCAUUAGAACCAGCUCCUACCGCAGUAACACCAUCUCCCUCACCAGCAGUAGCAGCACAAACUACUUCACCAGCAAUAGCAGAAGAAACACCACCAGCAACAGCAGAAGCAACUCCUCCAGCAGUAGAACCAGUUCCUAUAGCAGCAGCACCAUCUCCCACACCAGCAGUAGCAGAACCAACUCCUUUACCAGUAAUAGCAGAAACAACUCCUCCACCAGCAGCAACUAAACCAACUUCACCAACAGCAGAAACAGCACCAGCUCCUCCUCCAUCACCUUCAAGAGUAGCAGAAAAGAAUAGACCAGUCACAGUAGUGCAGGCUGUUCAAGUAGAAAAAGAGUUUGGAACUUUUCAACCAAUACCAGGCGAGCUGGUAGUGGGGCAGAAGGAGCCCUAUCCAGAGUUCGACUUACAACCAAGUAAAUCCUCUGACUCAGAACUGGGAGUUGGGUACCAUUACUAA